AUGCCGGUGGAGACCCUCCAAGCCAGCCACGCCAUGAAAGGCGUCCCGGCCGCUGCCCCCUUCACCUCAGCCAUGCCAUUCCGAAUCCUGAACAAGGGCCCGGAGUACUUCCGUCGGCCGGCGGCCGGCGCUGCUGCCAAGAAGCCCAGCGCGGUGGAGAGGCUGGAAGCGGACAAGGCCAAGUAUGUCAAAAGCCAGCAGGUGGCCAGCACCAGACAGGAGCCGGUGAGGGCUCUGUUCCUCAAGCAGCCCCUCUUCACCCCAGGGGUGCGCCGGGUGAUGCUCACCCCCAGCCGGAAGACCCCGCAAGGAGGACGCCGGGCGGAGGCGCGUGGGGCCGCCAAGACCUCCCUGAACCUGGAGAUCCUCAACAACCUGAUCAACUUCUGCGAUAGCCCGUUGUCGUUCCCCAAGCCGGAGAAGAGCCCCGCAGAGCACAAGUGGGGGCCAGGGGGCCAGGGCUGGAGCCCCGGGAGCCUCCCGGAUACCCCAAGGAAGAAGGGCCACCUGGCGGAAGGCAUGAGCAAGCUGUCCCAAAGCUCGGCCUCCUCCAAGCCGCCCAGCACGGUCGCCGUGCGCAGGGUGGACGUCCGGCCGUGCGGGGCCUUGAGGGCGAGGGUCGUCCCCAGCAUCCAGCUGACGCCGGUCCCCUCCUCCCCCGCGCAGGCCAAGAUCCUGUCUGCUGGCCCCCUGAGCUCCCCCAGCCCCCGCGGUGAGCUGCGGACAGACAGCACCAGGCGCCAGACCUUGCUGCACCGCUCCAAAUCGGAUCUGAGCGACCGGUACUCCCGGGCGACGGCGGACCUUGAGCGCUUCUUCAACUACUGUGGCCUGGACCCGGAGGACAUGGGGGAUGUGGAGGUGGAGCGCUUCACCCGGGCCAGUUCGGACAUUGUGUCCGUCAAGUUCCACAGCGUCAGCACGGCCAGCUCAGAGGGCACCCGCUCUCGCCGCAGCGCCGUCACCUUGGAGGAGAGGCAGGCCGAGCGCAUUCCUUACGGCAUCUCCAUCAUCGAGCGCAACGCCCGGGUCAUCAAGUGGCUGUAUGGACUACGGCAAGCCAGAGAGUCCCAAAAGGUAUCCAAUGUAUAG